AACGCAUGGCUUGCCAAAGUACAGGGAUAGACGGUGCACGCGGAACAAACGAUUGCUUGCGGGUGCCGAAGACAUCUGUAGCAAUAACUUGUGUUCCCCAGGUCCAGAUGCAUCGACACCGGGCACUUUCCCAUUCGGGGCGAUUAUUUUCAUUGCUUUCGCGUAAAGCUUCUGUUGACAAGCUUCGAAAUGAUCGCCGUGUUUCAGGCGCGCCGGGGUUGGUGAUGAAACACCAACCGCUGCAGCAACGUCCUUGGCGUAGUAGAGAACAUCGACCUCAGGAUGCUCGCUCCUGAACCUCCUCAACUCCUUCAUCUUCAUCAUGGAUGCUCUCGUUCAUACCAUUCUGUUUUUCUGCCGCGUCAUGGCAAUCCCGCGCCGAUAUCUCAUAAUAGGGUCGUCGGUCACGUUGAUCUUAGUUAUUGCCAUUUCUCUGGGAGUUUCCCUCGAAGCCGGAGCACCACCACGAAAAAUGGUGCAGAUAUCCAUUGCGCAAGCCGCAAAACUCGGGGAAGCAGGCGUGGAGGCGCAAAAAGCAGGCGGUAAAAUCAACGGAACCGACUUCGACCGGGCAGAUGUCUUGAACGGGACCAGCACUGUUGGGUUACAAGAGCAUGGAUCAACACUGUACAUUUCGCAGUUCACCGCAGUUCCUACAGCAUCAAAUGAAGGAUUGAUUGGAGCGACGCCUACCCCGCACCCCUCGCAAUCGGGAGAUGACGGCUACAUUGGUCCGAAAGAAUCGUCGAUACCAACACCAGUCCCCGCGCCCGCUCCACCACCAGUGCCUCAAGUACCCAUCCUCGCCCUUUCUUAUGCGGGUUCCGGCGGACCAAAGCAUUGCCGUGGAUCACUUCUCCAGAAACUCGAAGUACCCCAGCCCGCGAGCGACUGGAAAAACGGGACCUGCGUAGAUCUACCUGGGGAGGCGCAAUGUGGAGUGUUCUUUGGUGGAAAAGACGCCGGGUGCGAAGCACAAUUGUUCAAUGCUCCGGCUUGUUUGAACAACACGAGGACGUAUGUGAAUACUGUUGUAUUCAUGCCUGAGGAACGACCGAUUGGUGCCAAGUGGAGGAGUAUGUUCGUCAAGUGUGGAGUCGACGCACCAGAGGCGGGUUUGAUCGACCCUUCAGUUCUCGGUGGACUGAUUAAAACGAAACCUAAGCCUGGCGGGGGAUGA